UCGUAAAAUUCUUGCCGUUCAACACGAUGAACAUUCUUCCGGCCUUUCGCUUUACGUCAUAGCAGGCCUUCCGUUUGAGUGUCGCAGUGUUUUUAACGCUAGCUAACGUUGCUAUUACAAGGAGAGUUUCACUUUUGGCUCCAGUACAAUGGGAAUAGAGGACGAAACGGACCGAACUCUUUUUAUAAGAAAUUUGGAUGGAAGAGUAACGGAGGAGCUUUUGUUUGAGCUGUUUCUACAGGCAGGACCUCUCAUCAAAACUAAAAUUCCAAAAGACUCGGAUGGGAAACAAAAAACAUUUGGGUUUGUUGUUUACAAACAUGAAGUUUCCGUGCCUUACGCCAUGCAACUACUCAAUGGGACGUCGCUCUAUGGCAGAAACAUCCACGUACAGUUCAGAUCAGGUAGUAGCCAUAGCAGCAGUCCAGGGAACUCUCAGAAUUCAAGUCCUGCAAAUACCCCAAAUCCUCACGGCCAGAGAACCCCAGUCCAGUUUAAUUCACCUCCGUACACUCCUCAGCACCGAAUGCAGAGGUCCUUUUCAUCCCCUGAUAGCCUGCAGAAGCAUGCCAUGCUGAACAACAUGAUGUGGAUCCACAUGCAGCAGCUUGAGCAACUUAAUGGUGCUCCUCCUAAGCCUCAGCGGCAGCAGCCAUCUGCAGCUGGAGGUGGCCAAAGGCAUCAGGACAAUGCCCCCUAUCGACAUCAGCCACCCCAGACGAGCAGCAGUGGCAGAAGUCAGCGCUACGGGGACGAGCUGGCCUCUGGGCGUUAUCAGAACCACCACCACCAGCACCACCACCAGAAGGAGCGGAGUGGAAACCGUCACUAUGACAACAGAGGUGGAAGCAGGCAUUAUGAAGAAAGGGGGAACGACCGUGGCUACCACGACAAUAGAUGGCGGCGAUACUGAGUUAAAAAAGGAUUUUCACAAAAGAGGACAGUUUGUUUUGUUUAAAAAAAAAAAAAAGAUUAAUUAUAAUCUGAAUUAUGUAGGCAAAAUCGUUGUGUACACUCAGGUUGUUUGUACAUCAUCUUACCAGUUUGAAAAUUUAAUAAUUCAUGACUUUUUUUAAGAUGUUUUUAAAUUUAAACAUUUUUUUCAUGUGAGUUUUUCCUCACAGAUAUUGCAAACAUUUUGUGGUUGCGAUUGUAGAUUGUAUUAUUAUGAGGGCAAAGACAAAAUUCAAAAACUGGUUUUAAAUUUUGAAUGACAAAAGAAAAAGAUGUAUCUAAAAGAAACUACAAAAAAAAAGUAGGACAUUGGCCAGUUUUAUGUUAUGUAAGUAGUAUUUAAAUGGUGCUCACAGAAUUUGAAAAAAAAAAAAUUCAGGUAUUUUUG